AUGCGACCACUGCGACAACCUCUCGAAUGCACUCUAGUUGAUGCUGGUUUAGCCGACAAGAUAUUUUAUAAAAUCCCCGAAAUUUUGAUUCAUCAUCAGCAUUUUCUAGCGGCCCUUGGCGAUCGACUCGACAACUUUCAAUCUGACACACGCAUUGGAGAUGUUCUUCUUUCACACUUCAAAAAGCAGUCGAUGAUCGAAACUUAUAUAGCAUUUGUUGAUAAUUUCAAAUUCGCUAAGCAGGCGAUAAUCGAAGCUCGAGGAAAGCCGGCAUUCGAAAAGGAUCAUCGUAAUAAAAUUGAUCUGGACUCAUUGUUGAUAUCACCGAUACAAAGAGUACCAAGAUACGAACUUGUUUUGAAGCAAAUAGUAAAACAUACAUCAGUGGAGCAUGCUGAUUAUGAGAAUUUGCUGAUAGCGCAAAAAUAUGUGCAUGAUUUGGCAACGACGAUCAAUCGGCAGAAAGAGGAGAGCGAGGAGAUGGAGCAGAGACUUCGUGAGAUCGAAGCGAUAGUCGACGGCCUCGAUGAUGUGCGUUUGUGUUCGCAUCAUUUUUAUCGUUAG